AUCCCCAGUACCCCCGGACACCCCCCGGCCGGCGUGGUGGAGCCUGUGCAGGUCGGCUCGGCUAAGUCGGCGUUGAGACAGUGCAUCGCCAACAGUCGUCGGUGGCUUGUGAGCUGGUUAAGCGACUGUUCACCCCGAGACGCAACUGAUAAAAAUCAACAACCAUACAUUCCUACACACAUCAAUACACUCUCUCCCUUCACUACCCCCUUCUUGCCCAGGUAACAGCAGAAAAUUGUUGUUAAUUUGUGAUUAAUUUACCCAAGUUGUGAGGAAAAACACAAACAACGUGAUAUAUUUAUGACCAUAAGAAUCUUUCCCUCGAGAAGAAGAGGAAGGAAAAAAAAGAUAGAUUGAAAAAAAAAAUAAAUAAAAAGUAAAAAAAAAAAAGAUUGUGAACGUAGAAUUGUAAUGAAUUUAGAAGUGCUGAUUGCAACAAGAUUUAAGUGAGAAAUUUGCAUAUUGAGGUGAAAAGUGACCGAAUUUUGUUUCUCUCUCACACAAAAAGUACACAAGCACUUUAAUGUAGUAUGAGGCGAUAAAAAUAUUCAUAAAAUUGAGAGAAAAGAGAGAUAGAGAGAAAAUAAAGAGAGAGAGAGAGAGAGAGAGAGAGAGAGAGAGAGAGAGAGAGAGAGAAAAACAUCGACCUUAAACGACCAUACCAUCAUCGUUCACUCACUAACAGCAGAUUUGACGAGACCGUGAAGGAGGGUGCCUGACGGGGCUCUGGACGAUGUAAACAAUGGUGUGGUGACCCCGUGUGGUGACCCCGUAUGGUGACCCCGUGUGGUGACUCCGUGUGGCACCCUGCUGUGGUGAGCCGGUGUGGUGACCCCGGUUGGUGACCCCGUGUGGUGACCCCUUCAAGCCCAGUCUCAGAGGUCCCUCCCCUCGAUGGUCGGUGAGGUCAGUUGCUACAGGUCAACACUCCACCAGCGAUGAAUGAGACACCGAGGACAUGUUGGUGACCGCGGCGGCGCCUAGGGCUAAGGGCGUGGGCAUGGGUGUACCAGGAUGAGCAGGGCCCCCCAAUGACGGGCGUGGGUGUCGGGCGCUGCUCGGGGGCGGUGCUGGUGGUGUUGCUCACCCUCGUGUUGGCUGGCCUGGCCCGCGCGGCCUGUCCCCACGCCUGCGUCUGCAAGUGGAAGGGCGGGAAGCAGACUGUAGAGUGUGUCAACAAGGGGCUCAACACCAUUCCGCCAGGCAUCGACCCCGGCACACAAGUCUUGGAUAUUACUGGCAACUCCCUGGUCAUCCUGUCUCAUGAGAAGUUUAAGGUGAUGGGACUCACCAACUUACAGCGGAUCUACGUCUCCAGGUGUAAGCUGGUACAACUGGACGACGCGGCAUUCCGAGGACUGACUAACCUGGUGGAGUUGGACCUUAGCAAUAAUGAGCUAACUCUUGUGCCCGCAGCAGCCCUUGAGCACUUACCGGGGCUCAUGCGUCUCCAGAUGUCCAAUAACCCCAUCACUAAGAUAAAAAAUGGAGCCUUCAGAGGCCUUAAGUACCUCACCACGCUGGAGAUGACCUCAUGCCUCGUGCAGACCAUGGAGCCGAGGGCCUUCCAAGGUCUAGAUCAACUGGAGUGGCUCAAGAUGGAUUCUAACCAGCUCAAGUCUGUGCCGCUCAAUAUGAUGCUGCCCAAAUCACUCCACGGCAUUGACCUACACAACAACCCGUGGAACUGCGAUUGCCACCUGCAGGAGUUGCGGACGUGGUUGGUUAAGUAUAAUGUGCCAUCUUCGAUCGAGCCCAAGUGUUCUACGCCUCCACGACUCGAGGGCCAGGUCAUCAAGAAUGUCCAUCCGGAUAAAUUUGCCUGUGCUCCAGAGGUCAGGCCAACCUCUCUCUACCUCGACGUCAUGGAGGGUAAGAAUGUGUCAUUCGAGUGUCAUGUUACAGCAGAACCCAGUGCUCGUAUAUACUGGAAAUAUAAUGAACAGUCGCUAGAAAAUAGCUCUUUUGUGUACGACGAAAGUUCCUCGUUUUAUAUCUUUGAAGACAGUGGGCCAAGCGAGGAGAGAAUCAGUCACCUACGGAUCGAGUGGGUGACGGACGCCCACGCUGGGGUGUUCCAGUGUUUAGCAGAGAACCAGGCUGGCUUGGUCGUUUCCAACUUUACGCUGCGGAUCAGCCAACCGGUGAUCGAAAGAGAGCCGGAGAACUUUGUCAUGGAUCACAUUGUUUACAUCGGCGUGGCGCUCGUGUCCCUGGUGGUGCUCGUGUUCAUCCUCCUGUGUGUACUUAUUUUCCGCUGCUGCCGUCGACGGUCAGCAGCCCAGGAGAAGGUCACAGGGUCUCCUAGUUCAUCGGGGAAUGGAAGAACCAAAGAAGCUCCGGUGCCAUCGACGAAUAACAUGCCAAAAUACAUCCAGAUGGGCACUCCAGCACCCAAGGUGAACGGCAUCAACACUGAACCAGCACCAAUAUCUGUUAUCGACACGUCACCUUAUCGCUCAGAACCAGCAGGGGCUCAGCAAACCAAUCCAGACCUCAUAUCCGAUGCUGCCGAGGACCGAGGUAAGUCGGGGAAGAAGAGAGUGAGCAUCCUCGGGGUUGAGGAGGUGGACGCGUGCGGCGCGAGAACCACUCGGAAGUUGGACGAUAUUAUGGAGGAGUAUGAGGAGGGCUACGACCCCACGUACGACCACCUGCAGUCUCAGAGUGAUCAAGAGUGUCGGUCAAGCCGAAAUAAUCCAUACGCCACACUCCCGCGGCGGAGGGAGAUGGAAGUGGCAAACCCUUACCCCUUGACAGAGAUCCCCCCGCCGGAGGAGAUGAACCAAGGGUCUCGUUUCUACGACAGGGAUGGUUUCCCCAUCGACUACGGCCUCCCCCGUAACGGUAAUGGCACUUGGAAGGAAGUUGGUGCAGGAGCUGGACUCUCCUCCAGUUAUAACCCACUGCCAACUGAGGAAAUCCCUCUCUAUGCCACCGUCAGACGCAACCGUCACAGCAUGACCGCCCGAACAGAUCUCAUGCAUGACCAGAAGUACCCUGAGGAGUAUCUUCUACAUAGUCACGACCCUCAGUUCCAGCUUCCUGACGGCCGCUACCCCCAGGCUUAUGGUCUGUCCUCUGACAAGUUCAAUGUUCUUAACAAUGGAUCGUGUGAGUUCUGCCCACCACCACCCCACCCUGAUUUCCAGGCAGACCCAGGAGGCCGCAUCGGGGGCGACGGCUGCAGUUUUGACAACCUCCUCUCCUCUUGCGGCGGGAGUCAUUGCUGCUACACCGAGCAGGUAGCUCGCGUUUACGACAACUCCCUCCCGGAGAACUACAGACCACUCGAUCCCGAACCACCCCCACCUGAGGGCUGGGGAGACCACGAUGAGGAGACUGUGAACAUGAGUACGUGGUGUGAACACCCAGAGUCACCCGGAACACGUGUUCUGUACUCCCCUGACGAGGCUUACUCUGAUCAGCAGCAGCCUCAGGGCACACAGGUGUGAGCUGGACAGAAUAAUAUAUAUACAUUAUAUAUAUAUAAACAUUUGUGAGAACUUCCACCCCUACUCCCAUUUCUUUGCUCUGUUUCCUACUUAUGAACACUUAUUACUACUUGAGGCCGACGCAGGCUGGGACUCUGUCUGAGUGUGUCGCCGCGUAUAGUGGUUCACCUGCGUCAGGCUGCUCCUGUUUACUAUUGUUGAGACAAGGUCCAAAAAUGUCUGUCGAGAGAUUUAACUUUUGAUCUGAGAGUUAGGACUAAUGAAGCACAGGGUUUGUAAUAUUAAAAUAGGAUAAACAAAUUUGUACAGCCAUGACGCCAAAGAUUGAAACCUUUCCAAAGUGAAGCAAUACCAAGAAAAGACUUGUGAUGAGCGUGAGGACCAGUGAGAGAUGUGAACUAGGCACGUGUGAUAACCUACCAGGAAAUACUUCAGUAGUGAAGAUCAUCCUUUAUUACUAUAUCAACUAUCACUGUACAGAAUAAUCUAUUUUGUAUGAAUUUUCAGUAGAUAAGAGUUUUGUAUAUACCAAAGAAAUAUUUGAGGUUUUUGAAUGCUAAAACAUUCAUUCAGCCCUUUAGAGAGACUGGAUGAGAUAUACAUAUAGACGGAAGACGUGAUAUUAAAUAAAUGAAUAAUAAUAAUAAUAAUAAUGAUAAUAAUAAUAAUAAUAAUAACAAUAAUAAUAAUAAUAACAAUAAUGAUAAUAAUAAUAAUAACAAUAAUAAUAAUAAUAAUAAUGAAGAGGGGAAGAAGAGGAUUUGAGUUGAUUGAUGACGUAGUUGUGGUUAUGUUUAUCUAAGGCAACAGAAACUGCUGUAUACUCCAGGUGUCUCCUUGUACCUCUUGGUUCCUCAUUACAGGAAGUGAGUGACAUGUUGGUCCCUCAUUACAGGCAGUGAGUGACGUGUGGGUCCCUCAUUACAGGCAGUGAUUGACAUGUGGGUCCCUCAUUACAGGCAGUGAGUGACGUGUGGGUCCCUCAUUACAGGCAGUGAGUGACAUGUGGGUCCCUCAUUACAGGCAGUGAGUGACGUGUGGGUCCCUCAUUACGGGCAGUGAGUGACGUGUGGAUCCCUCAUUGUGAACUUUCCUCGUCAUCUGUGUUAUUGAUAAGACGUGUGGGUACCGGGACGAGGAACGUAGAGAAUGAGAGACGUCGUUAACAUGUAUAGAACAAGAUACAGAUUUUCAAUAUUUCUUAAGUUAAUUUUUCACUUUCUUGGGGUACAAAGAGCGAACCACUAAUUGACUUACGUUAAAAUAUUUGUGUGAUUUUGAGAUAAAUUCGAUUUUAACUUAAGCCUUAUAAUUAUGACUUGUGGGGAUAUAAAAAAAAUCUUGAGAUUGUAUUAAAAAUAGUUGACAAAAGAUGGCGGCGGAAUAACACAGAGACUUGAUUGUAAUAACAUGAAGAGCGACGAUAAAUUACCCCCAAAACAUAAAUAAUAAAAGAGGAAAAAUAAAUUUACGACCAUAAAGAAGGAAGAAACACGGAGAGGAACCAAGAGGAACCAAGAGGAUAAAUUUACACCAAUGGAGGAAAUUUUGAUUUUUUUUUCUAA